AUGGCUGGAAUGAUAAUGUUCAAGACAACAGACUUAGAUCUUGUUCAGGUUGACCUAUCUCAACCAUUAGAUAAUCAAGGCCCAUUUGAUGUAUUUAUCCACAAAUUAACUGAUGUUAUAUCCAAGGCUGAUGAUGGAAAUGUCAAGGAGGAAAAGAUGUUGAGAAACCUUCAGGACUAUGUAGAUCGUCAUCCAAACCUUGUAGUUAUAGACCCAAUUGAAGCUGUAAGAAUAUUAAGUAGAUACACAUCUUAUUCUCUCAUACGAGACUGUAAUUUAAAGUUCAAAGAUACUUUUCCUAGAAUAUGCACUCCAAAUUUUGUACAAAUUGAUACUCAAGAGAAAGACGAAAUAAUGAAAUUACUCAAUUCUGCCAAUGUGGAGUUUCCAAUAGUGUGUAAACCUUUACAAGCUCAUGGCUGCGAGUUUUCACAUCAGAUGGCAAUCAUAUUCAAUGAGGAAGGUCUGAAGGAUGUUCGACCUCCGUGUGUGGCACAAACAUUUAUUAAUCAUAAUGCUAAACUACACAAGCUGUUUGUGAUUGGUGAUUAUUAUUAUACAGUUCAGCGACCUUCAGUCAAAAACUUUACAGCUGGAGAUCAAAGAACAAUAUUUUUUGAUAGUCAUGAUGUAUCCAAGGCCAAUUCUUCAUCUUUUCUAAAUGAACUUGACAAAGAGGACUUGGAUGAACUUGAAGGUCAACCUCCAUGUAUCGAUAGAUUUAGUGAAUUAGCCUUCCAUGUAAGAAGUCAGCUUGGUGCUUCAUUGUUUGGAAUUGAUAUCAUAGUAGAGAAUGAAACCGGAACACAUGCAGUUAUCGACAUCAAUGCUUUCCCAGGCUAUGAUGGUGUUCCCCAGUUCUACCAUGCUCUGAUGGCACAUAUUCACAACCAAUUAGGCAACUAUAAGCGUUCUGAUGAGAUCAUGGAAGACGUCUGUAAAACUGCUUCUUUUAUCAAAAGUGCAGAGCUGGUGAGAGAUGAAAGCACUCCUACAGCAAAACAAAAUGGCAAUUAUCAAAUCCAGGAUGAUGUUAUGAAGCAUAAAAUAGCAAAUAAUUCUAUUGAAAACCAAUUAGAUUUUUAAAAAGUUAAGCAAGAUGCAUGAAAACAUCUUGAUCUCCCCUAGGUCACAGUCCAAAUCAAAUAUUGCACCAAGGUUUUUUUCCCCAGUUACUAAACCAGAUGUUGCACUAUGGUCUUGAUUUUCUCUCUCAUGCAUAUCUAAAUAUUUGAAAGUAGUGUUUUUAGAUUAUUCACAAACAUGGUACUUCAAAAUGGGUAUUUUAUGCUAAAAUUUGGUAUUGGUAUUUUUUUCUAUGUAAUCUGUACCUGUAUUUGUACACUGCCUGAAUGAAGCUCUAACCAUAGUGCAUUACUUGGACCAAUACCUUGAGCACUUGUCUUUAAUGGACACUAAAUUGAAAUUGUAAUUUGCUGUAAAUAAUGCUGUGUAGUUUUUUUGCUGAUAUAUAAAACAAAUGUAAAUAAGUUUGGCAAGUCUGACUUGAAUGAUUUAAAAUCAUAGUCCUCCACUUUUUGUAAUUCCC